UCCCAUCUCGUUCUCCGCUUUCGCUCUCUUCAUCGCCGACAGAGCAAGCUUAUUGGACGACGUCUCCCUCUACAUCGUUCGCCCGACUUCUCUCGAAACAAAGAAUCUUUCAUCGGAGAAGCCUAGGGUUUCUAGAUCGGGAUUGGUUCGUGCGAUUUCUCAGCGAAUUUCUAGGGAUUUGUGAUGGUUCGUCAGAGAAAUGGUCUGAGUGAUGGCGAUGAGGGCUCCGAUCGUGUGGAUCAGGCUUCGGGUGGUGAUUCCUCCGAAGAAUCCAGGGAGAUGGAUGGAAGAGGUUUGCCGGCUUCUCUCACCCUGAGGCUCAGAGAUGCUCUUCAGAACGAGGGGGAUUCCGAUCUGCUGCUUGAUCGGGGGGAUCUGGAGAACGGGGUUUUGCAGUGGCUUCGAGCUUUGGAUUCCCAGGUUCUUGGUGCUUGCCGUGCUGAUGAAAGGAUGAAUCCUAUGCUGAAGCUCAACGUUUCAAGCGGCGUUGCAGAGUACCAGCUCAUGGCGCAUCUAAGCCAGCAUUUUGAAGCAUCGGAGAUUGGGAUGCUUGCGAGGUGUCUCUGCGUUCCUUUGGUUUCGAUCCGUGUGGGAAAGAUCAAGAAGCAAGGGAGCCAUCUAUGUCCGACUUCUAUAAGGGGACAUCUUAACCUGACUCUCUUGCCUUCAUCCAACAUGUGCAUAUCAUUUUUUGGUGAUGAUGGUUGUAUCAGUAAACUAGCUGUAGUGAGCAGCAUUUCUGAGAGCCCAGCUGUGGCUAUUGAAGAAAUUUCAGCAGACAGGUCUGGCCGGUCAUUUCUAAUAAACCUCCCAGGGUCUGGCUCUUUGUAUUUCUGGUGCUCUGAGAAGUCAAAAUCAGAAGGAAUGCGGCUACUUACAAAGAUGAAAGAUUUGUUGUUAAGGAGGCCAUCAUUAGCACAUCUUUCUGGUGUCUCCGAGUCACGUCUAGCUUCUUUUGCCACACAUCUUCAGGCGUAUUUUCAUGGAUCAACUGGUAUUGCAGAAGCAGCUAAUUCAGCUGCUUCAUCAACUAGCUCAAUAAUGAGCACUUCCAGCGAACAUGAAUCUGUCUGUGACCCCCAAGCAUUAGCCCCUGUUCCUAAGUCAUCUUGCUUUCGGCUUGGAGUUUCUCAUACCACAAAAGCACAUUCUCUUCACCAAGGAAGUCUCAGUCCAAAAUCAAGCACAUUCAAGGAUGCACCGCCCAGAAGCUCAUCCUUAAUCAGAAGUUCGGUGAGGGAUAAGAUCAGGCGGCGUGGAGGUGGUAAUUCUAGCUUUGUGACUGGCAAUGGCCGACCAGCAGCUUCAGAUAUUGCCUCUAACAUGACUGAUGCAUUGCCUGCAAAUGACCACUUUGUUGAUCAGAAGCUCACAGAACUCUGUGAUUCUGUGAAAUGUUGCAUAUCUAGCAUCCCAUGUCCAUCCCUACCUCUGGCCUCUUUAAGUCCUUUAUCAGUUCAACUCCCAAUUCCCAGGGAUGUUUUUCCUGGUGCCCAGUUGUCACCUUAUUACUGCUGGUGUCCGCCCUGUGUAACCCCAGUGAGGUCUACCCUCGUGACUUCAUGUCUGUCAUCAACCUUGGAAUCUAAACCUCUACCACCUUUCCCUUCAGUAUUGGUAGCUGUUGAAGGCCCGGCCUUGGUUUCAUCCAGAUCGUCCACUGGGGUCAUCGAGAGGCCAGUAUCAAUGGGUCCUCCAAAUCUUCUGAAUGAGUCGCUGUUUCCCUUGCCAUUCACUGCACCAGUUCUUGUUACAACACCACUUUCGCCACAAAUUCCAACCUUUACACCUUUAAUCUCUGAUCCUAUUGUGCAUAUUCCAAUCAUUGAUGUUUGCUCCUCUGGUCAAGGUUACCUUGUCAGUGCUGGACCUGCGAUUUCCUCGGCUAUUCCACCCUUGCUUCCAAACGUUGUAAAUCCCAUUAUCCUAAAUUCUGAAUCUGCAUUGGAAAAGAGUGCAAGGGAAACUCUUCGGAUGCUAAUGGCUUCUACACCAAUCACUUCCAGUCCGCAUUUGAUGAACGUUUUACCAGCUGUCUUUGGCAAAGAAAAUGAAAAACUUGCCUUCAUCCAUGUGAACAAUCAAGCUGACCUUCCUGGUGAUCAUGGACUUAUAAUUAAGAAUAUACCUUCAUUCGAAUCAGUGGCUUCAGGGGAAAGAUUAUCUGAACAUGGCAGCUCCGACGCAGACGAACGGCUUGACAGUGAUGACACAAAGUACCCAAAAGUAUUUUCUUGUGCAAUGGACGAUCACUCGUAUUAAGAACUCGACUGUGUUCGUAACCUUACAAAGUGUAGGCCGGAGAUGUACAGUCGGUAUUUUUGUGUGAUGGCAAUGCAAUUAGCUUGGUGUUAAGUUCUCUAUUGAUGUGAUUAGUCUCAAUGUUCAUCUCUUCUUCUUCCAAUCAAUGUCUAUUCGUAUCUUUUUCACUUUGUCAUUGCCAGGGGCUUGGAUGUAUUGAUGCCCUCUUGUUCCACUUGUACAAUAGAUUUAAUCUGUUAAAAUUUCCUGCAUCCAAGUCUGUGCUGAUGUUUCUGUUUCUGUUUCCUUUUGUUGAGAACUUUUUCUUCAAGUUGUAAAACAUUAAUCUCGUGUA